CAGAUGAAGAGAUUGACAGGCUUUAUGAAACCGGCCAACUAGGUCUUUCUUCACCACAGUCUAUCAUCAACACUUUGUGGUUAACAUUUACCAUACAUUUCGGCAUGAGAAGUGUAGAAGAACACUAUCACUUAUGUUGGGGCGACGUACAAGUAAAGAUCGAUGCGGAGGGCACUGAGUUUCUGGAACUUACAGAGCGCCAGACUAAAACACGCACUGGAGACAGCGGUGGUUCUAGGAAGGUUCCUCCACGUAUGUGGUCUAGUGGAGAUGAGCGGGAUCCGGUAUCUGCCUACAGAUACUAUGCGGCAAAGCGUCCACAUGGAUUCAGUCGGGAUUCGGACCCAUUUUAUUUGGCACCAAGAACAACCCCACCUACAGAAUUUGACCAAUGGUUUUUAAAACAGCGGGUUGGAAUAAAAAAAAUUGGCACACUUAUGAAAACAAUGACUGUAAAAUCAGGCAUUACACGGCACCUUACCAACCAUUCUGCCAGAAAACACACUAUACAAAAGCUCAGGCAUUCGGACCAGGCACCUACUGAUAUUAUGCAGAUCACUGGGCAUGAAUGUGUACAAAGCAUAAUCAAUUACAGCAAUAUGUCUUUUGAAAAAGCCAAAAAACUUGCUCUAAUAUCUUAAGCAGAUCUGCCACUU